AUGCCUGGCGCCAAGAGCAUCGCCAUCAUCGGCGCUGGCCCCGCGGGGGCAAUUGCUGUGGAUGCACUCAUGCAGGAGAAAGUAUUUGACGUCAUCCGCGUUUUUGACAGGCAGGAGAGAGCCCGGGGGGUAUCGAGAGAUGAUGAGCCCCCUCAACAAUUCGAUUUCGACAAGCUUUCGGAGCGUACAGCCGACACACCACUAGAGAUUCCAGUGAAUCUGCCAUGUCGGACCCCCGCUAUCAAACAGGACCGCUUUACUGAUUCCCCAGUCUAUCCCGCGCUCGAGACCAAUGUGGAUGCGGCUGCUAUGUCUUUCUCGCAAGAGCCUAUUCCAACAGUCAGGUCGCAAUGGUCCAUUGAACGGCACGGACAAGACACUCCAUUCCGGCACCACUCUGUCAUCAGGCAGUAUAUUGAGGACCUGUUCACCCGCAAGCAAUACCAGGAUUUGGUUCAAUUCAAUACCACCGUCGAACGUGCCAUCAAGGAUACCAACAUCCAAAAAUGGGUUCUGACCCUACGGCGCCCAGACCAAAACGGAGCCCAAUCAGACUACUGGUGGAGCGAGGAAUUCGAUGCGGUCGUGGUGGCUACGGGCCAUUAUGCGGUGCCGUUUAUUCCUGCCAUUCCUGGCCUGAAGGAGUUUGCCGCCAGAAACCCAGGCAGCAUUGAACACACAAAACACUAUCGCAGCCCGGAGAAGUACAGAGGAAAAAAGAAAGUCAUCACGGUCGGUGCCUCGGUCUCUGCGGCCGACACGGCAGUUAGUCUCAUAGGCAGUGCACAGUCGCCAAUACAUGCUGUCGUCCGUGGUCGGUAUAAUGUAUACUUCGGUGACGAGGCGUUCAAGCACCCCGGAAUCCUACGACGGGCCCCGAUUUCGCACAUCACGAGCAACGACGACGGGGACCGCACGGUACAUUUCGAGGACGGUACCUGCGAAAAGGACGUGGAUCACAUCAUUUUCGGUACCGGUUUUACCUGGACCCUCCCUUUCUUGCCCCAGGUAUCAACGCGAAACAAUCGUGUUCCUGAUCUGUAUCAACACGUCUUUUACCGACAUGAUCCUACAUUGAUUUUUGUGGGCGCUGUCGGUGCUGGUUUGACUUUCAAAGUAUUCGAAUGGCAAGCCGUCGCCGCUGCGCGGGUCCUGGCCGGCCGGGCAGCACUGCCCUCUGUUGCAGAGCAAAAGAGGUGGGAGGAUGACCGCAUUUCACGCAAGGGAGAUGGUCCGGCAUUUACCAUGAUCAACCCCGAAUUCGAGGCAUACUUUGAGGACAUGCGUUCUCUUGCUGGGGAGCCACGCGAUGGGACACCCGGGCGACGAUUGCCACCUUUUGAUCAGAAGUGGGUGGAUCUUUUCAACGCGGGCCACCAGCGGCGGAUAAAGAUGUGGAAGCGGGCCAAUAGGGCUGCGAAGAUAUAG